AAAGUACAGGGUGUUCCGAAAAAAGUGUCACAGUUUCAAACGUGUGUUAUAAACGCUUGACAAGUAUUAACGCAUUAAAACAUACACCAUAUGAAAGCUCACGUUUGUCGUUUUUCAACAAGGUUACUCUCGUAUCAGUGCUAUAACUCCUUGCCAGAGGGCAGAGGAGUUCCUGCGAUCACAAGUUUACGCGAACUUCUUGUAGUUCACGUUCUCGAUAUGGGCACCACCGCGGUUGAGACACGUCUUGAUUCUGGCCUGGAAACUCUCAGCGACUUUCGUCAGAGUCUCGGGACCGACUUGAUGCAGGUAUCUUUCGACGUUCUGCUUAAGCUGGACCAGUGUCUUGGGCUUGCCUGCGUACACAGUGUCCUUGGCAGCCCCCCACAGCCAAAAGUCUAGCGGGUUGAGAUCAGGGCUGUGGGGAGCCCACUCAUGGGCGGUGCCGAGAGACAUGAGGCGAGCGUUGAACAGCUCCUUAAGGCAUUCGAUACUCUCACGCGCAGUGUGAGGCGGAGCUCCGUCUUGCAUGAACCAUGCCUGUUGCAGUUGGUUAUCGGUGAGCAUAUCGGUCAGAUCCGCGUAGAAUUCCCGGAUGACCUCGCGGUAGCGCUCGCCAUUGAUGGUGACGGUCCGGCCAUCUUCUUCGAACCAGUAGGGACCGAGGAGGCCGUGAGUGGCGUUGUAGGCCACGAAGGCAGUGACCUUCGGGCCCUUCAGCUGCUUCUCCGUUACUUCUUCCGGUGGUGAGUUACCCCAGAAAGUGUUGUUGUGGUUGUUCACCGCACCGUUCAGGUGGAAGUGAGCCUCGUCUGAGAACCAGACUCGGUUCACCCACCGCGCGUUCCUCUCCAUCUUGUUGGAGAUCCAUUGACACAUGACUUGCCGCUUUUGCCUGUCCCGAUCCGUCAUCUUAUGUCUGGUGGAUAUUAUGUACGAUGACAGUUUUAGCUCGUCGCAUAGGAUGCGUCUUACGCUGGUUUUAGCAAGUCCGAGCUGUUGAGAGCGUCGACGGAGCGACUUCUUGGGACUGGCAAUGACGGAAUUUCGCACGGCCGCGAUGGUCUCUGGGGACUUUGAAACCGAUGCUGGCCUGCCGCUGCUGCCCCUGUCGCACGUGGAGCAGCAGCGCGGCAGGGACCUCCGGGAGCGUCUGAACCACCGCCGCCGACACGAGGAGCGGCGCCCGUCGCUGCGCUCCCGAUCCAGAUCGCCCGACAAUGACAACAGAAAGACCAGGGGUCCUCUGUCUCCGCCGUUCAGAAAGCGCGGCACUCGGCAGCGGCGCAACUCGAGUUCGUCCUGGCCCAAUGAGUCCACCGAAAACGACGCCCCUCAGCCAGAGAGAAGGCGCGGCACUCGGCAGCGGCGCAACUCGAGCUCGUCCUGGCCCAAUGAGUCCACCGAAAACGACGCCCCUCAGCCAGAGAGGACUCGUUUCGAAAAAGAAACCGACCCUGUUAUACUGGCAAGAAGGCAAAAGCAGCUUGACUACGGCAAGAACACGCUUUGCUACCAGGAAUAUAUCGAUACAGUCCCAAAGCACAAGCGGGAGCCGUUCCAUCCGCGAACCCCGGUGAAGACGCGGAAGACCAGCCGGCGUCGUUGGGACUCGGCGAUCAAAAACUGGCGCAUCCACCUACACUACUGGAACGAUCCGGUGAAGCUGGCCGCGCUGCGCAGUCGCAAGGACUCUGACUCGAUCGGCUCUGACUCCGAGUCGGCCGGCACGGCGUCUGUGCCCAGCACGCCGGACCGGCGCCGUGACAGCGACAAGCCGCCGCCGGCGCAGCCCAUCGCCGUGAAACGGAAGCCGCCCCAGGAGCCGGCCACAAUCAAACAGGAGCACACGGCGGCCGGCGACCACGCCACAGAGGAGCGUCCCAAGGCGGUCGACCUCAAACAGGACACGAGGACAGUGAAACAGGACGUGAAACAGGAGCCCGGAGCCGCGAAACGGGAGCUGUCGUUCCCGGUGGUGGUCAAACAGGAGCCGAUCGAUCCGGACCUGAUCAAACAGGAGCGGCUCAGCCCGCCGCCGGACGCAGCGAAACAGGAUCUGGAGCAAACCGUGGUGAAACAGGAGCGGCCGGAGCCGGAGCCGGAGCCUCCUGCGGCGAAACAGGAGCCGGAGUCGGAGGACGAGAACCAGGAUCCUAGCGAGGAGUACGACCCGUCCUUCUCCUGGGCAGAUGACGUCGAGGGCCUGGUGGAGGAGUUGGGCGGGGCACCGAUCUGAAAGACUGUGACGCACGGCGCGUGCCAAAGACAGAUCGUCACCGCCACUCGUACUUCAAGACGCCCUCGGACUUGAGAGCGUUUGAUGCAGGUGGUGUGCGAAUGGAUUUAUCGGACGUUUGUCGAAUCCCGUUGAGAACUUCAGCAGCGGUUCUCGAAUGUUUGUAGCCAAGAGCAUUUGGUAGGUUUUAUCGCAAGCCGCUCACAGGCGUAGAGCUACAUCUGUCUUAAGAACAUUAUGUAUUUGUGGACGCGACACGUUCAAUACAUUCUAUGAUUUUCA